AAAUCUCCUCAUCUUAAAUUGUAGAUUAUUAAAAUGCGUCCUAUAGUAUGCAAUACAGAAUUGGCUUUCAUUAUUCCAACCGACAAAGAAAGAAAAGUCUCCAUGAGUAUCACAGUUAAAUUUUAAUUUAGAACGUAAAAUGAAAACUAGCGACGAACAAAUUAAACAUGCACGCUUAAGAUAUUAAGAACUAUUCUACUAAUAGGAGGCCAACUUAGAAUAUUUAUAUGAUUAACUAACAGAGAGAAUGGAAAAAUAUAAUCUUCAAAAAUAAAAACAAUUAGCAAGCAAAGCCAAAUAUGCAUGUGACUACAAUUUUAGAUGGAAGUAAAGACUUUAAGAACAAAAAUGGUUAGAUAUUUAUAUGAGUAGGUUUGUCAGCUGAAAGAGAAUUUUAUUUUUAA